AUGGAAACACGUCUUUUCCGACACAGGUUCAGGAGUCAACAAAUAAAGCAAGUUAUUCUUGGAUCAGAAAAUAAUAACGAUCAUUUUCAACAACAAUCGUCGAAUGACCUUCUGAGAGCAGUGCCACCAACCUCCGACAGUGGCGAGUCAAAACCAACACCGGUAAUCAGUAACACGAAUUUUGAUAUCAAUAGUACGUUGUGUACACUAUUACAGCAAAAUCAACUAUUAAUCAACCGCUUACUAGAUCGUGACCAUACUCCAGUGGGAAGUGAAACUAGGUUUUUGACAAAUCCUGAUGGAUUUUAUGUUAUGCCGGACUUUCACAACACAAUACAGAAUAUUUCAGGUGUUGAAUCUAGGGCUCAAGCCCGAGACUGGCUUCAGUCAGUGCAGUCAGUGGCUCGACUUCAUCAUUAA